AUGAAGAUCCUUCCCAAGCUGGAGCGCAAGUUGCGCCGGCUGAGGAAGAAGGUGACUAGGACAUCUUUGGUUCGAAAGCUGGACUUGGUUCACGAGAGUGCCCGAAAGAAAGCCUUUCAGGAAAGUUGCGAAACCUAUAAAAAUCAAAUCAAAACUGAGUACGAGUUGCGGAAUAAGGUGCCCAAGCUAUCUAAAAGCAACAAGGAGGCUUUUAUUAGCGAUGGAAGUUUCCAUCAGGCAGUGGGCAGGGUGCUUCUCGUGGCCGAGUUUUUUGCUAUGAUGCCAGUGAAGGGAGUGACGGGAAAACAUCCUUCAAAUCUUAGCUUCUCCUGGCGUAACAUUCGCACCUGUUUCUGUGUGGUUUUCAUUGCCUCGAGCGUGGUUAACUUUGGACUAUCUUUGUUUAAAGUCUUAAACAACCCGAUAAGUUUCAACAGUAUAAAACCCAUUAUAUUCCGGGGAUCUGUUCUGCUGGUUCUGAUAGUGGCUCUAAAGCUGGCCCGACAGUGGCCCCAGUUGAUGAUGUUCUGGCACACGGUGGAGAAGGAUCUGCCGCAAUAUAAAACACAGUUGGGGAAGUGGAAGAUGGGUCACACUAUAUCGAUGGUGAUGCUGGUGGGAAUGAUGCUGUCUUUUGCCGAGCACAUUCUGAGCAUGAUUUCGGCCAUAAACUAUGCUUCGUUUUGCAAUCGCACCGCCGAUCCCAUCCAAAAUUAUUUUCUGCGCACCAAUGACGAGAUCUUCUUUGUGGCUAGCUACUCCACUCCUUUGGCUUUAUGGGGCAAGUUCCAGAACGUGUACUCAACUUUUAUAUGGAACUACAUGGACAUGUUUGUGAUGAUUGUCAGCAUUGGAUUGGCUUCAAAGUUUCGCCAGCUAAAUGAUGACUUGCGAAAUUUCAAAGGAUUGAACAUGUCACCCACUUACUGGUCAGAACGUCGAAUACAAUAUAGGAAUAUAUGUAUACUAUGCGACAAAAUGGACGAUGCCAUAUCCCUUAUAACAAUGGUGUCUUUCUCCAAUAAUCUGUAUUUCAUAUGCGUCCAGUUGCUGAGAAGUUUGAAUACCAUGCCCUCGGUGGCCCAUGCUGUCUACUUCUAUUUUUCACUAAUCUUCUUAAUUGGUCGCACUCUGGCGGUUUCACUGUAUUCUGCCAGUGUUCAUGAUGAGUCCAGGCUAACUUUGCGAUAUCUGCGCUGUGUGCCCAAGGAGUCCUGGUGCCCGGAGGUGAAAAGAUUUACAGAGGAGGUAAUCAGCGAUCAGGUGGCCCUCAGUGGAAUGAAAUUUUUCCACCUUACAAGAAAGCUGGUACUGAGUGUUGCUGGCACCAUUGUCACCUAUGAACUCGUUCUCAUUCAAUUUCACGAGGACAAUGACCUUUGGGACUGCGAUCAGAGCUACUAUUCAUAA